AUGUCAAAGCGAGGAGCUUGGGGGCGGGGGAAGGGGGAACGACCAGACGCCAUGGCAACCCUUCAAGCAGCAAAUGAGGAGCUGCGAGCUAAACUGACAGACAUCCAGAUAGAACUACAACAGGAAAAGAACAAGGUAAGUCGUCUGGAGAGAGAGAAGAGUCAGGAGCUGAAAGCGGAGCAUCACCGGGCGACAGUUGCCGUGACAGAGCUGAAGACCAAACUCCAUGAGGAGAAGCAGAAGGAGCUGGCAGUUACCAGAGAAACGUUACUAAGGCAACACGAAAUGGAGCUGAUGAGGGUCAUCAAGAUCAAAGAUGGAGAGAUUCAACGUCUGAAUGGACUGGUGCUAACGCUGAGGGAUGGAUCCAUGGACAAGGUGAGGAGCGCUCUGCUGGCAGAGGUGGAGGAGGCGAGAAGGAGCUGGGAGGCAGAGCGAUGUCGCCUCCAGCAGGAGGUUCAGGAGCUGCGAGGAGCCAAGAGGUAUACUGAGGAGGCUCUGACAUCGGCUCAGCAGGCCUGCCAGGCCCGGGCAGCCGAACUACGAUCAGCUCAUCACCAACACCAGGAGGAGCUGAACAGGACCAAGAGAGACUGUGAGCGGGAGAUUCGCCGACUGAUGGAUGAGAUAAAACUGAAGGACAGAGCUGUCAGUGUUUUGGAUAAAGCCUUGGGGCUGCAGGCUGGACAUGCUCACCGCCUCCAGCUGCAGACUCAGGCAGCCGAGCAGCAAAUCGCAGCCCUGAGAGAUGCACAGAGGGCGGGACUAAACCACCCAGGUCACGCCCCUAGCCCCACCCCUAACACUACUCCUCAUAUUUCCCAGGAGGAUCGGGACACUCGGAGGUUUCAGUUAAAAAUUGCUGAGCUCAGCGCUGUUGUCAGGAAGCUGGAGGAUCGAAAUGCUCUGCUGUCUGAAGAACGCAACGAGCUGCUGAAGCGUCUGCGAGAGGCCGAGAGUCAGUUUCUUCCUCUUCUAGACAAAAACAAACGUCUCAGCAGGAAAAAUGAGGAGCUCGCUCUGGCUCUCCGUCGUCUUGACAACAAGCUUCGCUUUGUCACCCAGGAGAACAUGGAGAUGGUAACUAUGAGGAGACCGAGUUCAUUAAAUGACCUGGACCGCAGCCACUCCACCAGUUACCAUGGUUACAGCCAGGAGGAGAGAGAGAUGGAGUUUCUAAGGUUACAGGUCCUGGAGCAACAGCACAUCAUUGAUGACCUGUCCAAGGCUCUGGAGACAGCUGGUUAUGUGAAGAAUGUUAUAGAGAGAGACAUGUUACUGAGAUACAGGCGUCAGGAGUCAGUUAGGAGGAAACGAACCUUCAGAGCCUGCAGAGUUAUAGAGACAUUUUAUGGUUAUGAUGAAGAAGCGUCAGUGGACUCUGAUGGAUCAUCUUUGUCUUUUCACACUGACAGAACUCCAGAUACUGAACCAGAGGAGGUGUGUGUGCGUGAGGAGGCGGAGCUUCGUUACCGUCAGCUGACUCAGGAGUAUCAGGCGCUGCAGCGAGCUUACGCUCUACUGACAGAGACGAGCGGGGGAAACUAUGACGCAGAGAAAGAGAUCAAGACCAGAGAGCAGCUGCUGACUGAAAUCAGUCGAUAUCAAACCAGAGUCGCAGAUCUGGAGUCAGCGCUGAACCAACAAGGACUGGAUGUGGAGUGGGUGGAGGAGAAGCAGGCAUUGUAUCAGAGGAAUCAGGAGCUGGUGGAGAAGCUGAGGCAGAUGGAAGGUGAAGAGCUGCGACUGAAAAACGACAUUCAAGAUGUCAAAGAUCAGAAUGAGCUGCUGGAGUUCAGGAUCUUAGAGCUUGAGGAGAGGGAACGACGCUCACCUGGCAUUAACUUCCAACAUCUCCAUUUCCCAGAAGGCAUCAGUCCUCUGCAGAUCUACUGCGAGGCAGAGGGAGUCACUGACAUUGUGAUCAGCGAGUUGAUGAAGAAACUGGACAUUCUGGGAGAUAACGCCGUAAGUAAUCUGUCCAAUGAGGAGCAGGUGGUGGUAAUCCAUGCCAGGACGGUGCUCACGCUGGCAGAGAAGUGGUUGGAGUCCAUCGAAGUGACAAAGUCGGCUCUGCAGCAGAAGAUGUUGGACAUUGAAAGUGAGAAGGAUCUGUUCAGUAAACAGAAAGGUUACCUGGAUGAAGAGCUGGACUACAGGAAGCAGUCGAUGGAUCAGGCUCAUAAGAGGAUCCUGGAGCUGGAGGCCAUGUUAUUUGAGGCUCUGCAGCAAGAGGAGGAAACCAGGAUGGAGGGAUUCAAGAUUGAGGAGGGUCGUCUCUCUGAAACUCUGACUGAGGAAGAGAGGGAGGGGCUGAGGAGAGCCAUGGACCAAUGGAAACGAACUGUAAUGUGCGAGCUGAGAGAGAGAGAUGCCCAGAUCCUGCGAGAGAGGAUGGAGAUACUGCAACUCACGCAACAGAGGAACAAGGAGCUGGAGGAGUUUAUAGAAGCCCAGAAACGACAGAUUAAAGAGCUGGAGGAGAAGUUUCUAUUUCUGUUUCUUUUCUUCUCUUUGGCCUUCAUCCUCUGGUCCUAACAGCAGCAGCUGUUUCUGCAGGCCUCCAGAGUCCAGCAGCUGAUCACUCAGCAGGGUCGUGUCAGGAGGAUUCAGAAAGAUUCAGGAUUUGGAACCAGCAGCUGACUGAGGCACAUUGGCUUCACUGCCACACUCACCAGCCUCUGGCUGCUGUCAGCCAAUCAGAGCAGAGCUCAGCCGUCACCUCAGUCCACACCAUCACACCCUCCCAGAAUGCCACUGUGUUGCCUCAGAGACAGUGAGAGUGAUAGUUUCAGUGGCGGCAGAAGAACAUUGUGUUUCAGACGUGUGAAAACCUUCACUGGUAACAGGCUAACCAGCGCACCGGUAGCUAUGGGUACCAGAAAGUUCUGGGUCACCAGAUGUGCAGCUGAUAAACACAUUCUGGCUUCAGCAGGCCAGCUGGACCAAA